ACCACCUCCACCACCAAUCGCAAGCGUGCGCCGACAAGAUGAGAAUCGAAACGUGCUACUUUUGUUCGAGCCCAGUGUACCCGUCCAAGGGCAUCACGUUUGUUCGAAAUGACGCAAAGGCUUUCCGUUUCUGCAAGUCAAAAUGCCACAAGAACUUCAAGAUGAAGCGCAACCCCCGCAAACUGGCAUGGACUAAGAGCUUCCGUCGCGCGCACGGCAAGGAAAUGACUGUCGAUUCUACCCUCACCUUUGCCCAGCGCCGCAACGUCCCUGUGCGAUACAACCGCGACCUCGUCCAGACUACUCUGAAGGCAAUGACCAGGGUGACGGAAAUUAGGGCACGGAGAGAGCGCGCAUUCUACAAGGCCCGUAUGCGUGGCAACAAGCAGAGACAGCGUGAGGAGGAUAGGAAGCUGGUUGAGGAGAAUCAGCAUCUGCUGCCACCGAGUGAGAGGUUCUCCAAGGAAGAGCUGGAGGAGAAGGAGGAUAUGGAGGUCGACGUACAGAAGGUCAAGGCAAAGGUCGCAGCAAGGAGGAAGGAACUUGAAGCCGAGGAGAGCGACUUGGAGAGCGAGAUUGAGGAGGUGACGCCGAAGAUGAAGAGCAAGAGGAAGCUGAAGAUGAAGGUUGGUGGCGGUGUCGAGGCCAUGGAUGUGGAUGAAUAGAGCGCAGGCUCGGGAACGAUAUUCGAAAAUAACCGGUUCUUCUCAAGGAAACACGGUGCUGGAGUCUGGCGUCUUAUUACGGUAUAGCAGUCGACUUUGAUACCACGUAAAAGCAUGCUUUCAUCG